CAAGUCAUUAAAUCAGAAUCAUAAAUAAAUUAUCCUUUAUCUGUGGUCAGAAUGCGACUGUGUCUGUCUAUCGUAAUGACUAUGCAAAUGAUUUGAUUAAUAGGUAUUUUUAUAAUUAUAAUUAUUACUAUUAUUUACACUAUUCAAAUUUCACAAUAGAAUACUGUUAGUCCGCCGAAAGUGGACUACUCGUUUUCCACCUAAACGUUUUCAUUCAAUUCUGACACGGUCGAAACCAAAAAUGAAUAUGGGUAAAAAAAAAAUAAUACCAAUUGGCACGGACAACAACGGACACGGGACAGCUAGUAUAAUAUACUAACAAAAAUAUUAAUUGGUUUUUUCUUAUUUCGUAUUAGGUACAACAAAUAUGCAUUAAGUUUUUUAAAAUAAUUGCAUCCAUAUUAGUUCUUAGAUCACUAAGUACCUAUAUAUUUAAUGCCCGAAAAAGACCAUUUGAUAUAAUAAACCCGAUAGUAACCAAAAAGUGCAAAUGAAUAUGUAUUACACUUGUGCAUAAUUCUUAGGAUUACGUCUAUACCAGAAACCCACACUAUGUAUCCUAAAUUCGCUUAAAACCCUUACAAAUUUAAAUUUUUAUGAAAACGAAAAAUAAUUCUGAUUUUAUUAUUUUAAUAUAACGUUUUUUUUUUUUAAAUCAUGGAUUGUAUUUCCGCUUUUGGUUUUGUUCGUGUUAAUUUUCCGAUAUAACGGGUUAAUUCGGCCACUGCUAUGUUUUGUCGUAUCAAUAUGAUUAUUUAAGAGGAUAGAAUUUACAGGACACGUUAUCACUACUCGUUGCGUAAUCAUUCUAUUUAUAAUUUUUACCAUUCGAUGAUAUAUCUAUGUUCUUACACUACUCUAAGGUUUAUACCACGAUUUAAGAUAUAAUCAUGUUUCAUACUUCAUGUGCCACGUUGGAAUAAUAUUAAGAUCGUUCCAAACUUCAAUAGUUCAAUCAUUGGUUUUUUUUUUUGUAAAUUAUAGAUAAUAUAAUAAUUUUUGCAAGGUAUACCAUAAUCGUAAACCUACUAAUAGUUAUACGUGUUUUUUAUUAAUUUUUUAAAAACGAUUAUUAAUUUUAUUCUAUACUAUUUUUUGAAACAUGUUUUUGACUUAACAAUAUAACUAAUGGCUAGUGAAUUUUAAAUAAUUAAUAUCCAUUGAAGAUAGUCGAAAAAUUAUAAAUAGUUAAAUUAUUCAAUUAUUAAUUUUUUAUUUAUAAUUUAUAUAAAUUUAAAUAUUAUUUCUUUAAUUGUUGAAAUUGAAAGUUUUUAAUACAUAAGUCAAAAUGAAGAUCAAACAAUUCCCAAAUACUGUAGUAUCAACAUGGUCUCCGAAAUCAAAUUAUCCAAUCAACAUAGCAAUGGGUACAGCUGCCCAACAAUUAGAUGCUUCAUUUAACACAUCAUCAACACUAGAACUAUAUUCAUUACAAUCUAACGAUUUAAUACUCAAUGCAUUAAUUUCAACAGACUGUCGGUGAGUUAUUAAUAAUCUAAACUAUUCUUAUUUGGAAACAAAUUAUAUUUCUAUUUAUUUUAACAAUGUGAAUAAAUAAUUUUACUUAUUUCUUACUAAGAUUUCAUAAGUUGGUAUGGGGUGGUACCAAUGCUUCGGAAGAAUGGGGUUCUGGAAUUAUCGCUGGAGGAUGUGACAAUGGAAUUAUUCGUCUGUAUGAUGCUUCAAAAUUAGCCAGAAAUGUUGAUAGUAUAGUAGCCAAAAGUGAUCGACAUGUUGGAUCUGUCAGAGCACUCAAUUUUAAUCUAUUCCAAGUAUUUCAUAUUUUUUAUUACCUAAUAGUUAUUAAAUAUUUAAAUUUUAAAUAAAUUGUAUUUGUACUUUAACAUAUUGUGUACCUACAUAAUAUUUUUUUAGUUGAUCUUUAGUGUCUUGUCUAUCAAAUAAAAUCAUUUAUUUUAUUCUAAUUAAGUAUCAGAUUAUGAAAUUUAAAAAAAAAUGUGUAUACAGCAUUAAAUCAUUAUCACGUUUAUGACUUAAAACAUUUAUACUAUUUGAAGGAGAAUUUUAAUUAACCAAGCAAUUUUUUGAUAAUUCUUUAUUUUGAAUAGUUAAAUGGUUUGUUAUAAUUGAUUUUAAAUUGUGUAAUAUGAAUUAAUAACAAAUGAUUUUACAACACUGACAAUUAUGUAGUUGCUUUAUAAUACUUGACCAAUAAAGUGUAAUAAAAUAUAAUAAUAAUGAAAAAAAUAUUGUAAUAUAUAUAAGAUGUUGAAUAUGGUAAAGCUUGCACCAAAUUCAUACAAUUUUUUUUUUUGCUAAACCCCGCUUAAAGACAUUCAUUGUUUUGUUUUUAUAUAUGCAAUAAUAUUAAUUUUUAGACUAAUUUGUUUGCAUCUGGUGCAUCAGAAUCAGAAAUAUUCAUCUGGGAUUUACAUAGCAUGAGUACUCCAAUGACUCCUGGCUCAAAAUCAGAAUCUUUAGAGGACGUAAUUGAUUUAGCAUGGAAUAAUGAAGGUAUUGUUACUAUUACUAGAUAUUUUAUACAUAUUAAAAUUAUAACUGUAUUAUUAAACAUUUAAAAUGUUAUUAAUCAUUUUCUUGGAAAUUUGAUUUCAACUUUAGUUCAACAUAUUCUUGGUUCAUUAUUUCAUAAGUAUACUGUUGUGUGGGACCUACGUAAGAAUGAGCCCAUCAUUAAAUUAUCAGAUAAUAAUUCAAAAGUAAAAACAAAUAUUAAUUUAAUUGUAAUUCUUGUUUUGUAAUGUAAAAUAUAAAACAUUUUCUAAACAGGUUAAAUGGAAAGCAAUGUCUUGGAACCCUAAAGUGGCUACGCAAGUAUGCAUUGCAUCAGAAGAUGAUCAAAAUCCAGUAAUUCAAUUAUGGGAUUUAAGAUAUGCAUCCUCACCUGUUAAACAUUUUGUGGGACAUCAAAAGUAAAUAAUUUAACUAAUUAAAAAAAUAUAUAUUUAUCUGUAAAAUUCUAAAAUAAGUAUAAGUAUAAGCAAUAUUUUUUAUUCUAAUAAGAUAAUUUGUUUUAAAACAAAUAAUAAUUGUUAAUCAAAUGGUUUUUAGGGGUAUAUUGUCAAUGUCAUGGUGUUCUGAAGACACAGAUUUAUUAAUAAGUUGUGGUAAAGAUAAUCGAAUACUUAUAUGGAACCCAAGCAGUGAAACAGAAGUAAUUUUAAAUUGUUGAUUAAUUAAUUAGGGAACAGAUUAUGAAUAUUAUAAUAUGGCAAUACUUAAUUUUGCCUCUAAGUAAAAUAAUUUUUAAAUUUUACAGUCUCUGAAUAUGUUUAUUUUUUAUAGGAAAAUUCAUUAGUAUGUGAAUUAGAACAUAAUUAUCAAUGGAACUUUGAAGUUAACUGGUGUCCAAGAGAUCCAUUAUUUAUUGCAACAUCUAGUUUUGAUGGACAAACAACUUUAUAUUCAUUAAGUGACUUACAAAAUUCUAAAGAUCAGGUAAAUUAUAUUAUUAAAUAAAUUUGAUUUAAAAUAUUUAUUUAACUAUAAUGAUUUUAAUUUAAAAACAUAUUGUUGAUAAUUAAUAAUUAGUAAAACAUUUUAAUAAAGAAACAGAAAAAUUAAAUAUUGAACUGAAUUUAUACUUUUUUAUAAAUUAAAAUUAUUUCAUUUUUUAGAAAAUAAAUGAAAAUGUAAAUACUGGUCAAUUUCAAUGGUCUAAUAGUUUAUCUAAUGCACCAAAUUGGCUCAAGAGAAAAUGUGGUGCUUCAUUUGCUGUAAGGCAAUUUUUUUAUACAAAUAAUUUAAAGCCUAUAUUAAUUAAGAAUUUAUAUAGUUUGGAGGUAACUUGGUGUCAUUUGAUGGUUCACUUAAAACUAUCCAAUUAAACAAGACUGUAAUUGAACCUGAUUUAUUAUUAUGGUCUGAGUACUUACAACAAAUAUUGAAUAAUGGGAAUUAUGAAGGAUUUUGUCAUCAUAAAAGUGAACUAACUCUUGAUGAUGAUAUUCAGCUAGUGUGGAAAUUCUUAAAAACCAUGUUUCAAAAUAAUCCUAAGGAAGCACAGUUAGAGUUACUUGGAUAUUCAAAUAAGACAGUUAGUAAAAUAGCUCCUCAGCUUUAUAUUGUAUAAUAAUAAUAGAAAUAGAGUUGUAUAAAAUUACUUAAUUUAUCUUUAUCUGUAUUAAUUAAUUUUUUUAGUUGACAAAAGAAGAGUUUCAUUCAAAUAUUCUAAACACACAAGAAGAAAAUAUUGUAACUAAAUUUGAAAAUUUCACUUUGAAGUCUUCUGUAACUAAUGGUAAAUAUUUCUUCAAAUUAAUAUUAUUUUGUUUACUAUUAAUUAUUAAUUUAUAAUAUUUAUAAAUACAGAUUUACAAGACUUAUUGUAUCAGUCACUUCUUGUUGGUAAUUUAUCAACAGCUGCAGAUAUAUUUUUUGAUAAUGGAAAGCCAGUUGAAGCUUUAUUACUUGCCAUAACAGCUGGCCCUAAAACAUUAUCUAGAAUACAAAAUAAAUAUCUCAAAGUAAAUAAUAUCAUUAAUAAUUUAAACACUAUAUUAUAAAUAUGCAUUUGUUGUAGAAUUCUAAAGAACCAACUACUGCUUUGCUACAUGCAAUAAUUACUAAUGAUUGGAGUGAUCUGGUUGAAAAUUGUGAUUUAAAUUGCUGGAAAGAAAUAAUGACUGCUCUUCUCACUCAUACAAAUGGAACCAACUUUAUUUCCUCUUUUGAAAAACUAGGCAAUCGUCUUGCAGCUAAUGAUAAUUUAAGCUUGUCAAAAUAUGCACAGCUUUGUUAUAUUUGUUCUGGAAAUGUUGAAGCUCUUGUAGAAAACAUAAAGGAUAUAAAAACCAUUGAAAAGUUACAGGAAUCUGUAGAAAUGGCAAUGUUGUUGCAUAGGUCAAUGUCAUCAAGUGAAUCUCAUUUGGAAGUUGGAAAGAAAUUUGGGGAACUUUUGGUGAACUAUAGUGAAACAUUGGUUUCUCAAGGAGAUUUAGAAGGAGCUUUGAGCUUUUUAGAAUUUACAAACAAGGUAAUGAUUUUAUUUAGCUCUAAACUAACAAUUUCUUUAAUUUAUUAUUAUUACUUCAGGAUCAAGGUGUUGAAUUAAAAUCUCAAGUUUAUAAGGCACUUGGAAAAAAUCAAACUAUUGAAAAUACAAUUAAUAAUUCACAAGUAUAUUUUAUAUUUAUUUUAUUAUUAAUUUAUAAAAUCAAGAAAUAAUUACUUAUAACUAUUUUCAGAAACUGUUAAAAUCCAAUACUCAUGAUUUCCGAAAAUAUUCUACAACAAGUGCCACAGGAACUAUAACACCAGAACCACCUUUUCCAACUUACCCUAACAGUUAUAUACAAGACAAUGAUGUUAAUAAUUUGCAUCAAAAUCAAAAACCACAUCUUUCUAAUUACCCACCACCUAUUCAAUCUCAACCAACAUACAAUUUGAAUAAUCAACAACAGUCUGUUUAUAACAAUUUUCCUCCUACUGGUACUCAACAAUAUGGAAAUAAUUUUAUUAAUCAAACAAAUAUGCAAACUAAAGCUGUACCUCCAACACCAACGCCUGACGCUAGCAGUAGAUGUAUGACUCCUAGCAGUAUUAAGCCAGGUAUACAAUAGUUUUGAUUUCUUAAUUUUGUUUAAAUAAAUAAUAGUUUAUUUAUAUAUAUUUGCAAACUAGAUUUGAAUUAAUAUAAUUAUAAUCAAUUAUUUUAAUUACAUUAAAGAUUAUUGUAAAAUUAAAAGUUAGUAUAAAAUAUACUAAUAAGUUAUGUACAUUAUAUUACUCAUUUUUUUUUAUUUUUUUAGGAAAACCCAAAUAUGUUAUUGAUCCUUCUGUUAAAGGAAACAACAUGUAUGGUAGUUAUAAUAAUAAUGGAUUAGGAAUGUUAAGUCCAAUGGGACAACAAAGUGGUUUCAAUUCAUCAAUUGGACAGCCACAUGUUUUAAAUCAACCUUUAGGACAACAAAAUAUUUUUAAACCGUCAAUGGUCCAACCAAACUGUUUAAGUCAACCAUUAGGACAAACAAAUAAUUCCAUUGAACCAUUAAUUCAACAACAAAUUCAGCCAAAUAUUUAUAAUCCUACUUACAACCAACCUAAAGGCCCAGUGCCCAAUUUAAAUCCACAACCAACAUUUCAACCUAUUCAAAAUAACUAUUCCCAAGUAAUAUCACCAUCUCCUAAUUUAAAUCAAUCAUCAUCAAUUUACAAUCAAAGAGCUCCAUCAGGUAAACUUUAAUACUAACAUUUACCUUCAACAAUUUAUAUUCAACAUUUAUUAUACAUUUGUUUAGUAGAACCAUUUCAGUCAUUGUAUGCCCCUUUGCCAUCAAAUUAUAUAAAGAAAUCAACACCCGCAGGUUGGAAUGAUCCACCAAUGUUAUCCACUUCUGCUCCAAUCCAAGUAAUAACCAAGAGUAUUUUAAUAAAAACAAACAACAUUUAUUAGGUAGGUUUAAAUUAAAUGUAAAAUAAAAUUACAUACCAGGUGAUUCAUCUAAGUGGGUACACUCAUUAUCUGAGAAAAUAUUAACUUUUUUUAGAACAUUUAAGAAACAAGCUGCUCUGCAAUUUUAAAUUUAUAUUAUAUUUUGGAAGUAAAACCACUAUUUACUUUUGAUUUUCAAAUGGCAACCUAUAUUAAAAAUUCAAUAAAUAGAUGGAAAAUUAGUUAAAACAAAUUUAAGUGUUUGAUUUCUUUCAAGCCGUUGACGAGAUAUUCCACUUUUAAGUUUGGGUUAGAGGAGAAUAGUGAUGCAAUAUUAACACGCCACGCGCUGUAUCUCCUUAAAAAUGAUACUCUAUUCUCUUCCAACCCAUACUUAAAAGUGGAAUAUCUGAUCAACAGCUUGACAGAAAUCAAACACUUAAAUUUAUUUUAACUAAUUCUUAAUCUAUUUUGAGAAUUUUUAAUGUAGGUUGCCAUUUGAAAAUCAAAAUUAAGUAGUGGUUUUACUAUCAAAAGUAAGAGAGACAAAAAAUAACAUAAAUAUAAAAUUGUAAAUCUGUUUUUCUUAAAUUUUCUAAAAAAAAAAAUUCUGAAAUAGUGAGUAUACUCACUUAAAUGGAUCACCUGGUUAUACCAGGUGAGCUAACUUAACUAUUGUAUGAAAGGUAGAAGAUUCAUUCAAAUGGAAGUUUAAGACAAGGGUGAUAGAAUAAGCAAUGAGGAAGUUUAGGCUAAGUUUAUAAUAAGCUUAGAGCUUUAAGCAUAGCUUCAAUAAUAGACAAAACGAGAGAAAAUAGUCAGAUGAUUUGGACAUGACAUGAAUGACAUGGAGACAGAGGAUUCUGAAGCAGUAAUAAUUAUAAUGAACAUUAAUGUAUGAGAAGACUGAAAAAGUGUUGGUUAAAUGAGAUUGAGAAUAAUACAAGAACAGUCUGUGUAUGCGAGGUGGAAAUCCAUAUAGAAAAUUCAAUAUUUCAAAUAUUAGAAAACUAAAAAAUUAUGUGUGUUCAUUUUCUUGUGUACCUGCAUGUGAAUUCUAAUUUAUGUGUUAAUACAUACUUUAAAACCUAUUAUACAAUAUUAAUAGUAUGUUUUUACAAAUUUAGAAACCACCGACACCUGUAUCAUCUACUCCAAUUACACACCCAUUAUAUACAAAUAAUCCGCCUCCAAUUGAAGAAAUUGGAACUUAUAUUCCUCUUCGAAAUAAUGAUGAACAAUUCUCAACUAAUAAUAUAACACAAGGGGUAGAAGCAUUACCGAAGCAAACUAUACCACAAGAACAUAUUAGAAUUCAAGUAAUAUUGAAUGAAAUACAAUCACGAUUAUUAGAAGCAGUUCCCACUGCUGUGAGUAAAAGUUUAUUUUUUCAUAUUCAUGCUAAGUCAUGUUCUUAUAAAUUUUUUAAUUAAUAUAGCCAACCCGGAAAAGAGUCAUGGAUAUUGCUGGAAAAGUAGAGUUAUUAUACGACUCUAUAAGAGAAAACUCUGUAAGUAUAAUGAUAUUAUUAUUAUAAAACUUAUAUAAUGAUAUUUAAAAAUAUUAGACAAUACAUAAAACAAAACCUAGUCUUAAUUGGUUUCUUUUGAUACCUUAAUAAAACAAACAUAAUAUCCCAAGAAGAUAAAUUGUUCACUUCAUAAGUUUAAAAAAUAAUUGAAAUCAAUAUAUAAUUAUUGUAAAUAUUAUACCUAGUUAAGAUUAUAAACUAUUUUUAUCAUUUUUUAUUUAAAACAUUUGUAUACAUAAUGUAUGACUAUGUAUACAUAAAAUAAAAUAGAAAACUAAGCCUUUCCCCUAAUUUAAAAAAAUUUUAUGCAAACUAUUAUUAUCUAUCUAUUAAAGAUUUUGGAAUCCACUUUAUUCAAUACUCAAUUUUCUACACCAUAUUGAUAUUAACAUAAGAAGAGCCUUAAAAGUUAUUAGUUUUAUUAAGUGAAGCUCUAAACUCUUCUCACCUAGCUAUCACCAGUUCAUAUACAUUUCCAUGGUUCUGUCUUUACUGAAAUAUGGUGUUACCAUUUGACAUCUCACCAAAAAUUACUGAGCCUUAAAUACAUACAAAAAUAAGUUCUAGUCUAUUGUGCAUGUGUAUUCAAGCUUCUUAAUCUCAAUUGAUGCCAUUUUAAACAAUUUCUUCUCUAUUAUGUUCUCAGUUCUACUCUAAAUACCUGUGGAUAUAAUUUUUAUGUACAUAAUAAUUAAUUAAUUUAAUUUUAAUUUUAUGUUACAGUUAUCUUCAUAUUUAAUUCAAUGUCUACACACAAUGAUCGAUCUCGUGCUAAAGCGAGAUUACAAUGGUGCAUUUAAUAUACAUACACAACUGGUUUCGGGGCCAGAAUUUUCUAAAAUAUCUACAUUCAUGCCUUCUCUAAAAACACUAUUUCAAAUGGCCUAUCAAUACAAUAUCAACCUUGAAGGGUUGUAAUUAAACUUGACGUGGAAAAAAUAUUGUUAUUAGAUCACACAAAUAUAUACUAAAUACAUUAAACUUAUAAAUGUAUACCUAAUAUAAAUUAUUAUACUGGUGGUUCAUACAAAAAAUAUUUAUAUAUUAAAUGUUAAAAUGUAUGUAUUUUUAAAAUUUUUAAUAAUAGAUUAUUAUUUUGUUUUAAAAAAACUAGUUAAUGAUGAUUGUUUCAUGCCCUGAGUGGAUUUAUUAUUUUUUGAAGGUUUAUUUUUGACUUUAUUCUUUUCUUUUUGAAUAUUAAUAUCUGAUUCACAAGGUUUGGGUUUUUUGUUGAUUGGUUCAGUAUCUAAUUCAUUAGCUACUAAAUUUUCAACAUUUCCAACAGACUCUGAUGGUUCACAUUCUAUUUCCACGAGUUUUACUUCUUUAGUGGUACCUAGAAAAG